AUGACCAAGCCUACUGAAGUCAAUAUUGCCUGGUGGCUCUGCAUGAGCAAUACCUGCACAAAGCUGAACGACAUUGGCGAGGAGAGAUGCAAAGGGUGCGACGCCAAACUUGCUAAGGGAGCAACGGCAUGGAGCGUUGAUAUCAACGAAAGUGGUCAAUGCGAGGGAAUUGAUUCAAAGGGGAAAGCGGUCUGGAACCUUCACGAGGCAAAAAGGGUGGACCUUUCGGAGGCGAGGGCAGAGAGACACCUAUCGCUAUGA